AUGGUAAAUGGAAGGGGGGCAAAAGGUGAAAGAGAACUGGGUAAAAUGGAAUCUGAGGUGAUCUUACGCAAGAAUGGUUCGUUUGUACAAGUUGGAUCGGGUAAGUUUUAUUUGCUGUUUUUUGUUUACUAUUAUGGUCUAUGCGGAUGUUAAAUUUGGACAGCUAACGGAUGGUCACCUAACUGCGUUUCUUCAUCAUUCAGGUGUAUGCAGUACGUGUAAAGAGAGACUGAAGGAGAUGAUAGAUACUGAAGUGCGAGAAAGAAUGACGUUGGUGAGUAUUAUUCACAAUGUCACUAAGUGAUGCAAGUCAUCUCGACUUUCAAAGUUAAAAUUGCUUCUCGUUAACUGCUUGAUUGAUCAGCUGUUGUUUCGAUUGUAUGUAGAGCAAUGAGAAAUUACGUGACAUACGUGUGUCAUCCGCAAGGGAUAUUACUGUUCGGCAUCCAUUUGUUUGUUUUCUUUUUAGAUCACACAUUCGUAAUAACAUCUUUAGUGAUCCAUCCCUAGUGGAUAAUAUAUUUAUAUUUAUUUAUUUAUUUAUAUUUAUAUAAAUAAUAUAUUAUUUAUUUAUUAUAUUUAUCGCAUAGAUCAUUCCGAACGAGCACAGGUCUGGGUACGAGACUGAUAAGAUCAAUAUAAAAGUCCAACCUUUGAAAAUCUGCUGAUAGUUAUUUUUUUAUACAGAACCUCAUAAAUAAAACAAGCCACUACUAAAUCCAUAUUGCUUUUUUUUUAUUGGCUGCGUUUGCAUAACGCAAGUUAAUUUGCUUGCGCUGGCUUGAGAACACAGUUUUAAUCUUUAUAGUUUUAGUGCAUGGUGCUAAUCGGGAAGGUAAAAAAAAAUAAUUGCUUUACUUUCUAAGGAUGAUGAUGAGGUAACUUUCAACCUUAAGCAAGUGGCUGGAAUAUCACAAACACCACAAAGUUUAAUAACACAUGCUGAAACAUCACCAAGUAUCUACCAGCCUUCUGAAGGUUUUACAACUCCAUCUGGAGAGAACAAUAAACCAUGCAGUAGCAGUAGAGAAAAACUCAAUUCCUUUUUGACUUCCAGGGACAUAAGUCCCAUCCGUUAUUCAAUGAUUAUGCCCUGGGAUGAAGCUGCAGAAAGAACAAAACGAUUUCACACGGGUAAAGCAAGGCAAGUUGUAAUUGCAGCGUUGGAAGAAAUAGCACCACAGUGUGCAGAUAUAUUGCUGGAUUCCGUACAAUCAUGUAAAGAAGACGAAUGCGACGUCGAUUCUACGCUGGUGGGUGUACUUGUCGAGUGCUAUGAAAAUGCAGGUCACUGGAGUACCCGCCGACAGAUGCUGUCGAUCAUGGCUGAUAAGGUCAGCUUUAAAGUAGUCAAAAGAUGGAUCCCUAAUCUGUCCAGAUGUAGAUACAACAUUGCGCGGCACCAUGUGUUACUCCAUGGAAGAGGCUCAACUGUUCCUUCAAGUAACGACGCGAGAAUGAAAGUCUUACCACUGAAGCUUGACCACUUCUUGACAUUUAUCACCAGUGCAUAUGUAAUGCAGGAUUUGCCAUUCGGAAGGAAAACCUUGAAGUUGUCCUCAAACACCGAGUUAAAGAUCCCAAACAUCGUGAGGACCAUGAUCCCAGAGCAGAUUGUCCAACACUACCAGAGUUACUGUCAUGAGACUGGGUUUGUUCCAAUGAGCCACAGUACAUUGUGUAGGAUUCUUAAAGUUUGUCCGGCCUCUGUGCGCGUCUUUUCAAGGACUCAAUAA